AUGAAGUUUCAUGUUCAUCUUCUUCUCUCGUUGAUUCAAAAAAUAAUUUGGAGACAAAGAUUCUUAAAGUUUUUUUUAAUCAAUGAAUGUUUGCAGCAAAAAGUAAUCAUUGAGGUGAAGAUGAAAUGCAAGAAAUGUCAGUCCAAGGCCUUGGAGAUAGCAGUUGGGAGAAAAGGUGUUACCUCAGUAGCUUUCAAGGGGGAAAGCAAAAAUCAAUUAGAAGUAAUUGGAGAGGGAAUUGUUGAUGCAGCUGGCUUGGCAGAAACGUUGAGGAAAAAGGUUGGCUAUGCGGACUUAGUGAGUGUGGAAGAAGUCAGAGAAAGGUAAUAAAAAAAAAUAGAGGUGUCACCUCUUGAGUCUAGAAGUGUACAAUGUUGAAAAUUAUUCUUCCCCAAAGUAGCUUGAGUUUUAUUUUUUUAUUCAUAUGUCCUUGUACUGUGUUUAUUUGAAAUUGUGAAUUGUUUAUUUGUAAAGACAGCUAUCUCCAAGAACAUGCUUUUGGUGGGCAAGUUAGCCUUUCAAAUUUUAUUAAAAAAAAUGAACAAGAAGAAGAAGAAGAAAACUUUUUAAUCUAUUAGUAUAUUACAAA